AUUUACAAGAAACAACAAUGGCCAUGCAACACCGCGAAGUGGGAGUACAAGAUUUUGUACUCCUCGAUGAGGUAACAACGGAGAAAUUUAUGGACAACUUGAGAAAGAGAUUUCAAGUUGGCUCCAUUUAUACAUACAUCGGUGAGGUAUGCGUCUCCAUGAAUCCCUACAGACAGAUGAAUAUCUAUGGCCCCGAAACGAUAAAAAAAUACAAGGGACGAGAACUAUUCGAAAACCAACCACACGUAUUUGCCAUUGCCGAUGCUGCAUAUCGAAUAUUGAAACAGCGUCAACAGGAUACAUGUAUUUUGAUAUCGGGUGAAUCGGGUGCUGGCAAAACUGAGGCAUCAAAAAUUAUUAUGAAAUAUAUUGCCGCUGUAACCAAUAUCCAUGGCCAGAAUGAAAUUGAAAGAGUAAAAAAUGUGUUGAUCCAAAGUAAUGCCAUUUUGGAAACGUUUGGUAAUGCGAAGACAAAUCGUAAUGACAACUCCAGCCGUUUCGGUAAAUACAUGGACAUUGAAUUUGAUUACAAGGCCGAUCCAGUUGGUGGUAUUAUAACCAAUUAUUUAUUGGAAAAAUCUCGUGUGGUGCAGCAGCAACCCGGAGAACGAAAUUUCCACAGUUUUUAUCAGCUAUUGCGUGGUGCGAGCGACAAUGAACUACGACAACAUAAUCUUAAUAGGGAUCCAUCGAAAUAUCACUACAUGAAUCAAGGUAGUAUGGAUGUUUUGAGCGAGAAAAACGACUACAAAAGCACAAACGCUGCAUUUAAAACACUUGGAUUCUCCAGCGAAGAGAUUUCAACAAUUUGGCGCAUUAUUGCUGCAAUAUUACACCUGGGCAACAUUGAAUUCCAAAUGAUCGAAGACGAGUUGGUCAUCAGCAACAAGUCGCAUUUACAAUGGGCUGCACAAUUGCUACAGGUUACCCCAGAUGAACUCUCCACAUCGUUGACAAAACGUGUGAUUGCUGCCGGUGGCAAUAUCAUGAGAAAGGAUCACAAUGCCAGCCAAGCAGAAUAUGGAAAAGAUGCUUUGGCUAAGGCCAUAUACGAUCGACUCUUCACAUGGAUCAUUUCACGCAUUAAUCGUGCCAUAUUGUUCCGUGGUUCCAAGACCCAGGCUCGUUUUAAUUCAGUUAUUGGAGUUUUGGAUAUCUAUGGUUUUGAAAUCUUCGACUCCAACAGUUUUGAACAAUUCUGCAUCAACUAUUGCAACGAAAAAUUGCAACAAUUAUUUAUAGAAUUGGUGUUGAAACAAGAACAAGAGGAAUAUCAAAGAGAAGGAAUAGCAUGGAAAAACAUUGAAUACUUCAACAACAAGAUAAUUUGUGACUUGGUGGAACAACCGCAUAAGGGUAUUAUUGCAAUAAUGGACGAAGCAUGCCUGAGUGUUGGCAAAGUGACCGAUGAGACGUUGCUAGAAGCCAUGGAUAAAAAUCUUAGCAAACAUCCCCAUUACACGAGCCGACAACUUAAACCAAUGGACAAGGAACUGAAACACCGCGAAGAUUUUCGUAUUACUCACUAUGCCGGAGAUGUCAUUUACAAUAUAAACGGGUUUAUAGAGAAAAAUAAGGAUACAUUAUAUCAAGAUUUCAAACGCCUAUUGCAUCAUUCUUCGAACAGUUAUCUGAGCGAAAUGUGGCCUGAAGGGGCACAAGAUAUAAAAGCCACCACCAAACGGCCGCUAACGGCUGGCACACUUUUCCAACGUUCCAUGAUCGACUUGGUAAAUACACUGUUGAAGAAAGAGCCGUUCUACGUCCGAUGCAUCAAGCCAAACGACAUGAAGAGUCCAACCGUUUUUGAUGAUGAACGUGUUGAACAUCAAGUACGUUACUUGGGUCUAUUGGAAAACGUUCGUGUACGUCGUGCCGGUUUUGUUCAUCGACAACGUUAUGACAAAUUCCUACUACGCUACAAGAUGAUCUCACAGUACACUUGGCCCAACUUCCGCGCUGGCAGUGAUCGUGAUGGUGUACGUGUUCUAAUCGAAGAAAAGGGAUUUAGUCAAGAUGUCAAAUAUGGCCAUACAAAAAUAUUUAUACGGUCGCCACGCACUCUUUUCUCUCUGGAGCAACAACGCAACGAAAUGAUCCCACAUAUUGUGACAUUGCUGCAGAAACAAGUUCGUGGUUGGAUUGCCCGCCAGAACUAUAAAAAGAUGAAGGCAGCAAUGGUCAUAAUGAGGGCAUACAAAACAUAUAAACUGCGUUCAUAUGUGCAGGAAUUGGCUAACCGUUUCCGUACUGCCAAAAGUAUGAGAGAUUAUGGACGGAGCAUCCAAUGGCCACAUCCUCCUCUGGCUGGACGAAGAGCUGAACCCGGGCUACGCCGCAUCUAUGACAAUUGGAGAGCGUACAUGAUCUUGCGCAAAUAUCCACGAAGUGAGUGGCCACAACUACGUCUUCAGAUUAUUGCAGCCACCGCCAUUAAAGGUCGUCGACUCUAUUGGGGACAACAGAAUAAGUGGUUGGGCGAUUAUCUGGCAAAUUCGCACGAGAACUCUGCUUCUUUGGCGUACGGCACAAAUGUCAGAAAUCUGAAAAAUGUUGAUGGUUUCAAAAAUGUUAUCUUCUCUUCGUUUGCUAAAAAAUUCAAUAAACACAACAAACAGGCCGAUCGUGCCUUUAUAAUAACGGAUAGUGCAAUUUACAAGCUGGAUGGUGCCAAGAACAAGUUCAGAAAUAUGAACAGAUCGAUAUAUAUAAAGGAUUUAACCUCUAUAAGCAUAAGUACAGGACGAGAUCAAUUGGUCGUAUUCCAUUCCCCGCAAAACAAUGAUUUGGUCUUUUCGCUGCAAGGAGAACAUGGGCCUCUCAAGGAAGAUCGUAUCGGGGAAUUAGUCGGCAAUGUGUGCAAAAAAUAUUAUGAUAUUUGUAAUCGGGAACUAAGAGUAGACGUUUCAGCCAAUAUUAUGUGCCGUCUCGGAGGUAAAUCACGCACAAUUGUGAUCGAAGCUGCGGCUGGAGUGGAAAAUCCAAAUUUCCGACAUGCUGCGGGCAACAUUAUUUUCGAAGUUCCAACACAUUAUUGUGUUUGAGAGCAAAGCUGGACUUUAAUUGUUAU